AGCAGUUGACCAGUUCAUCUUCUAAAUCCCUCUCUUAAGCAGAUCGGAGAAAGGUUUCUGACUCUUACAAAUCCGACCAGAAUCAAACAAUGGGAGAAAUGAUGUACAAGCUCUUCGCUUCAGCAUCUUUGCUAACCCUAGGACUGUAUCAUCUCAUCUGUACUUUCUUCCAUCUCCUCAAAUCUCCUCAAUCCUAUGCCGCGAAACCCUUCUACCCAUUUCCCCGGCUCUCCUCCGUCACCGGAAACAACCACAACCACCACCGUCUCCAAAAUCUACCAUUGUUCAUCCUCGUACUCUCCCUUUUCGUAGCUUUCCUUCACGAAACCCUAAUCUCGUUCUACUCCGAUCCUCUCGUCAAAGGAAGCACCCCAGUUCACCGGUUCUCAUCUCUCAAUUCCGCCGCCGUGUUCUUCCUCUUCCUCAUCAUCGCCGUUUAUUAUCUCCUCUCCGAUUCGACCUCUUUAACCCCUCUCCCUUCCGAUCUCCUCUUCGCACUCGCCUCCGUAGGAUUCUUCCUUCAUUACUCCGCCGCAUCUUCGUCGGCUUCGAUCCAAACAUCUGAUCUUCAAGCUCACUGUGAUUCACUCUCAGCUCGUAUCUCCGCCUUAUGCUCCCUCCUCUGCUUGCUUCUCGCUUGCCGUUCAAGACUCUUUAUCGCUGACGCUGCCCUGGCUGCUGCCAUUUGCCUCCAAGGUCUCUGGCAGCUUCAGACCGGACUCUCUCUCUACGUUGAUGGGUUUAUUCCUGAGGGAUGUCACCGUCUUCUCGAUGUUCAAAGCGGUGUGGAAGGAUCAACUCAGUGUGAUGUUCAGGACUCUAAGCUAAGGGCUGUCUCAGUUUUGGACCUUAUGUUCACUGUACACGUUGUGCUGGUGGUUGUCCUCAUCUUUGUGACUUACACGAUGGUGGUGAUGGCGGCUGGAGUGAGAAGAACUGGUUCUUAUGAAGCUUUGCCAACCAAUUCUGCUGAUUCUAAUCAUAUUCAGAUGAAGUCUUUGACUGGCACUCAGGCUUGAAACCUUAUCAAUCCUCUUGCUUUGCCUUUUUUUUUUUUUGUAAGCUCUCACUCUUUUGAAACUUGUUGCUGCUUUGACAAGUCUUUAUCCAAUUAUCUUUGUUCAAUAUUAGUGUUCAAAAUCCUCGUAUAGAUGAUGACUUGCCCAACAUAGUUAUGGAUUCUGGUAUAUUCUUUCUUGAUUGAGAAUAGCAUUGUGGAUGGUAUGUUCCGUUUU